CUUGCGUCAACGAAAGACUUUCGUGGGAUCUCGGUUCCCCACUCUACCUGUAAUUCUUGUUUGAGCUUCUUCGCUUGCUCUUUUCUGUUUGUUCGAUUGGUUGGUAUAUAUAUUUUCUGUAGUGAGAGUAGACAACCAUGGCGGAUUCCAAGAAACGCUUUAACAUUCGGCCGUUCCGUACACACCAGCCGAUGGAUCGGGCCGACGCCAACGCGACUUGGGAGAUCUUGGAGCACGCCAUGGAUGAGAUUGCCAAUCGCAACGCCUCGCAGCUCAGUUUCGAAGAACUCUACCGGGCAGCCUACAAUCUCGUCCUCCACAAACACGGGGCACUGCUUUAUGAGGGCGUGACGGAAAAACUCAACGCAAUUCUGUUACAGUCGGUCGAAACCUUGGCCGCGCAACCGAACGAAACAUUGCUGGAAACCAUGGCGACGGUUUGGAACGAACACAUGAUCACCAUGACCAUGAUACGGGACAUCCUCAUGUACAUGGAUCGCACUUACGUCAUCCAGCAACGUCGUCGCGUUGUGUACGAGCUAGGCUUGCACCUGUUCCGUAUCACUGUCUGGGAACAUCCCGCUGUGGGUCCCAGGGUGAUGGAAUUGACUCUCGAUUUGAUAAAUUUGCAACGGAUCGGCAAAAUACCGGACGAUCGAGACGCUCGCCUCCAAAAUGUCGUACGCAUGCUGCUCGAACUCGGACGCGCGGACUUUCAAGCCAACGUGUACCACGAAUUCGAAACCGCGUUCUUGAGCACCACACUCGAAUUCUAUCAGCAGGAAUCGCUUUCAUUUCUUUCCAAUAACACAGCGAUUGACUACGCCGCCAAAGCCGCAUCCAGGUUGGAAGCGGAAGCCCGCCGGGCCAAAACUCUCCAACUGCCGGUGACUACGGAAGGUCCCUUGAUGACCACGCUCGAAACGGAAUGGAUUCAACGCCACUCCCGCGUACUCGUGGACAUGGAACCCUCCGGUUUUUCCGCCAUGCUCCAGGACGACACCAAAGUGCAGAGUUUGCGGGAUAUGUACGAUUUGUUCGUCCGUGUGCCCUCCUCGGUGGAUCAUUUGCGCGAGGCACUGGCGGCGCGGAUUAAGCAGGACGGGGCUGCUUUAGUGCAGGAUCAGGAAAAGGGUGCAUCCGAUCCGUCCGCCUUUUGUCGGGGUGUCCUCGUCAUGAAGGCCAAAUACGAUCGGAUCGUGAACGAGGCAUUUCGGGACGAAAAGAAAGCACAAAAGCGGAUGAAGGAAUCCUUUGAAGACUUUUUGAAUCAAGACGCUCGAGCGGCCUCGUGCCUGGCAACCUACGUCGACGAACUUUUGCGGGUGGGCUUGCGGGGCGCGACGGAGGUCCAGAUUCUGGACAGUCUCAACCAAGCCAUUGUCAUUUUCCGCUUCUUAUCCGACAAAGACGUAUUCGAGUCAUUUUACAAACAGCAGUUGGCGAAGCGUUUGUUGGGCGGUCGGUCCGUCUCGGACGACGCGGAACGCUCCAUGGUGAGUUUGCUCAAGGCUGAAUGUGGCUACCAAUUUACGACCAAACUUGAAGGCAUGUUCAACGAUAUGCGCAUCUCUAGAGAAACGAGGGACAAGUACAAGUCCUUCAAACGGCAGGAAGGCGAGAAAAAUAUGGUCGACAUUGAAGUGGACGUGUUGACGACGGGAUACUGGCCGUCGCAGAAUGUACCGCCUUGCACCCUUCCGGUUCCCAUCCAGGAAUCAAUUGAUCGCUUUUCCAAGUUCUACCUCGACAAGCACACAGGGCGGAAACUGAAGUGGCAAACAAACACUGGCGCCGCCGAGCUGAAAGUGACCUUUGGUACCGGUCCGGACAAGUAUCGUCGUCACGAGCUUUGCGUAUCCACCUAUCAAAUGUGCAUCCUCCUCCUAUUCAAUGACAAGGAGACGCUGACUUUGGCACAAAUCCGACAGCAGACGCAAAUCCCCGACCAAGAACUCCGCCGACACUUGAUUUCGCUGUGUACGCCCAAGAAUCGUAUUCUUAAAAAGGGUAGUAAAGGACGCGGCAUCAUUUCUGACGAGGACACCUUUACCUACAAUAUGGAUUUUACCAGCAAGCUCAAACGUGUUCGUAUUCCCCUGGUGAAGGAAGCUUCCAUGGUGCGCCCGGAAACAGCAGCUGGACUAAUAGGCGCGGACGGAAAAGAUGCUCACGUUGCACCUGGAUCUGUCCCAGUCUCGGUGGAAGAAGAUCGUCGACAUUUGGUGGAAGCGGCAAUCGUGCGCAUUAUGAAGGCUCGCAAAGCGCUGAAUCACAACGACUUGAUCGCGGAAGUAACCCGUCAACUUACCAACCGUUUUCAGCCGACCCCCCAGUUCAUCAAGAAGCGUAUUGAGAGUUUAAUUGAUCGGGAAUACUUGGAACGUUCCGAAAGAGAACACCGGGUUUACAACUACGUUGCCUAGUAGCAGUCUUGUACAACCAUCAAUUUGGUGGCGGCAACUAUUAUAACCACGAUUAAUUUCUGACUAAACAAUUAUAACCACAAUC